AUGUCGGUCCUCAUGCGUUUCUGGGGCGUGGAGGUGAAGACGGGAGAGACGGUGGAGGUGGACCCUCGUGAUAUUGCGGACUACGUUCACAUCACUCAGGUUGCCCUGGGUGCAUCCCCCAAGGCAGGCGAGCGAGUGGCCAUCACAAUCACCACCGCCCCACCUGCUGAUAGCGAUAGCGACAAGGAGGAGGAGGAUGAGCAGAUGGGGAAUGGUGAUGAGAAGAACAAGGGGAGUGCAGAGGGGUUCAGUGCGGUGGUGGCCGUGCUCCAAGCAGGGGAGAAGGACCAGGCAAGAGUGCAGUUGGUGCUGGAGCGGCCGUUUUCACUGGCUCAUGGCGGCAUGGGGAGUGUGUUUCUGAGCGGGUACAAGACGAUGCAGGAGUAUCCCGAUGGAGGAGAGGCCGAAGAGGACCCGUUUGCUGAUAUUGAGGAGGACGAGGAAGAGGAGGAAGAGGAAGAAGAGGAGGAGGAGGAUGAGGAGGCGAUCGAGAGGGAGGCAGCGAUGGAGAUAGCAGCGCUGCAGGCGCAACUGUCGACGAAGAAAGCGACGAAGGCUAAGAAGGCAGCAGCAGUGCUGGCAGCGUUUACAGCAGCACAAGAAGAGAAGAGGAAGGCUGAGAAAGAGACAGGCGAGGGGAGCAAGGGGGCAGUGGGCGCUAAGGGGGCAGAGGGGGCUAAGGGAGGGAGUGCGAACGGCGUUGAUGGGAAGAGGAAAGCGGGGGAGAUUGAGGGCAGUGGGAAGGAGGGGGGACAGGGGGGACAGGGGACGCCUGGGGGAGAGGCAGGCGAGGGGAAGGGGAAGCAGAGAAAGGGGAAGAAGGGGAAGGAGGAGGGGACUCCGGGCAAGGACGAUAAGUCACAGCCCACCACCCCAGCAACCACGGUCCCCCGCGCCCCGGCACCCACCCACACCAGCCAAGCCAGUGCCGAACCCCCCCACUCCCGGCGCCACACUAGCCAAAGCCGCCUCUGCUCUGCUCUUUUGCUCUACAUUCCCACCACGCCAGCAACCACGCCGGUCCCCCGUGCCCCGGCCCCAACCCCAGCCAAGCCAGUGCCCAACCCCCCCACUCCUGGCGCCACACUAGCCAAAGCCGCCUCUGCUCUCGCCAAUGCUGCUCCUGCCGCCUCCCAUGCUAAAGCAUCUACGCCUGCAAAAGCAGCCAAGGCAGGAAAGGCAGCAGGGACUCCUGCUAAGGAGGGUUCCACGCCGGCUAAAGCAGCCACAGCAGCCAAAGCAGCAACUCCUGAAGGCGGAAUCGUGUGCGGAGCGUGCAACAAGAAGUUCAAGUCCGAGGAGGGCCUGAAGCAGCACAACCUGAGCAAGCACGCCGCCACAUAA